UCGGUCCCUUUCUCUCUGUGGCGCGGCGGUGGGUCGAGCCGCGGUGUGCGUGUGGAACGUUAAGCGGUCAUUAUUUCAAAAUUUUGUCGGACAUAAUUCGAAAAUUCCACCGUUAAAAACGAACAAGAAGGCCGACCGUUAAAACGCGUCAUUCCGCGUUCGAAGCGCUUCGAAAGGACAGUCACGCGCCGCCCGAGUCCCGUUGGUUAACAUGGCGGUGGUUAGCGGGUUGUCCGGGCCGGCGGUGGCCCGGCUCGAGGGCCGCGAGUUCGAAUACCUGAUGAAGAAGCGGUCGGUGACCAUUGGUCGGAACUCGUCGCAGGGCUCCGUGGACGUGAGCAUGGGACAUUCCAGCUUCAUCUCGCGGCGGCACCUCGAGAUCUUCGCGGCGGGCGAGGACUCCGGCGGCGGAGGGGGGGAUUUCUACCUGCGCUGCCUCGGCAAAAACGGGGUGUUCGUGGACGGCGUGUUUCUGAGGCGAGGCGCUCCCCCACUGCAGCUCCCGCGGAUGUGUACGUUCCGAUUCCCCAGCACUAGUAUAAAAAUCACAUUCACUGCUCUGGCCAGCAUAAAGAAAGAGAAGAGGGAACCGGAGUCUCCAGUGAAGGCAGUGCAGCCCCAAAUUUCUCCACUGUCCAUAAACAUCCCUGACAACAUUGCUCACCUAAUGAGCCCUUUGCCCUCCCCCACAGGAACCAUCAGUGCGGCCAACUCAUGUCCGUCCAGUCCCCGCGGAGCUGGUUCGUCAGGCUACAGGGUCGGCCGGAUCGUGCCAUCAGAUUUGCAGCUAAUCAAUGAUAACUCGCAGUCAGAGAAUGAUAAGGAAGCAUCAGAGGGAGACAGCCCAAAGGAUGACUCUAAACCCCCAUACUCCUAUGCUCAGUUGAUUGUCCAGGCGAUCACACUGGCCCCAGACAAACAGCUCACGCUGAACGGCAUCUAUACACACAUCACCAAGAACUACCCAUAUUACAGGAGUGCCGACAAGGGCUGGCAGAACUCCAUUCGGCACAACCUGUCUCUGAACCGCUACUUCAUCAAAGUGCCACGCUCACAGGAGGAGCCUGGGAAGGGUUCGUUCUGGAGGAUAGACCCGUCCUCUGAGGGUAAACUCAUCGAGCAGGCUUUUAGAAAACGAAGACCUCGCGGCGUGCCUUGCUUCAGGACCCCUUUAGGACCCCUCUCCUCCAGGAGUGCUCCAGCAUCUCCCAAUCACUCGGGGGUUCUCUCUGCCCACUCCAGUGGUGUUCAGACUCCUGACAGCCUAUCACGUGAGGGCUCGCCUGUUCCCAUGGAGUCAGAGCCUGCCCCUACCCCGUCCCCUUCUACUGUCGCUGCUGCUGUGCAACCAAAGCUAGCUGUCAUACAGGAGGCUCGCUUAGCACAGGCCACACCAGGUUCUCUCAGCAGUCAGCCUGUAUUAAUAGCUGUCCAGCGGCCGCUGUCUCAGGGCUUGAAGCCGGUGACAUAUGCUGUGGCCACGGCUCCCUCCUCUUCCUCCACACAGCAAGUGAUGCAGACUGUGCAUGUGGUACACCAAAUCCCUGCUGCUGUAGCCGUUAGCACCACUAAAGUUCACACACAGCCUGUUGCUGCUGUCCCAGCCUCCUCAGAACCCCAGGAGAAUGGAGCACACGAAGAGGUCAAAGUGAAAGUAGAAGCAGUCCCUACUAUCACCCAUGCCACCAUAGGCUCAGCCAAUCGAAUUAUCCAGAGCAGCACAGCUGCCACACCCCUUCAGACGGUUACCAUAGUGCAGCAAGCCCCAUUGGGCCAGCACCAGCUGCCAGUUAAAACUAUCACACAGAAUGGCACCCAUGUGGUGCCCAUCGCUACUGCAAUACAAGGCCAGGCAAACGCAGUCUCCAACCCGCUUCACUUGUUGGCAGCUCAUGCCUCUGCAUCUGCCUCUCUCCCUACCAAAAGGCAGAAUGGAGAGAGCGCUAGUGAGCCUGAGAAUAAACGAGCAAAAAUGGAUAAGGAUGAGCAGCAGCAGAGCGUAACCUCUGACCCUAAUGGAACAGCAGACACGGACGCUCCCUCUGCCAACCACAACUAGACAUUAGCAUAAAACACACCCCCCACCCAUCUUUCACAAACGUCUUCGUUCUGCCACACAUUUUCACUAUUUUACCCUUCUUGCACACUUCUGUUUGCUUACAUCGUCACUACUGCCCUUCUGCCUUCUAUCAUUGUCUCUCUACUCCUUGUUCUCUCUCUCUCUCGGUCUGUGUCUCUCUCCCCAUCCUGCUUACUGUGCCAAAACAAAAAGAAAACACUGCUGACCAUUCAGUAUGUCCAUAUGAAGCAAAAAAAACAAUAUAUUCCAGUGUCAAUGCAAACAAUGGCAGAGAAAUGAGGACAUUAAGCAAAUCCACACCAAAUGGACCGCAGAAGUGGAUGCAGUGACAUAGGGGCACUUCUGUGUGGUGAGGCAGCCUUCAACAGAGGAGGUUUGUUCCAUAAUCAAUGGAAGAGAGAGCAGCCAGCCACUGCCAUCUGGGCCUGAACGCCUGAGGUAUGCGGCGUUUAAAAAAAAAAAAGAAGAAAAAAAAAGAAAGAAAUCAUCAAACUGUUAAAAAAAAAAAAACAACGCUCCUAAUUUUGCUUUGUUUCCAACCUGGCCAAGAGUUUUCAGCAGGAAAUUCAUCUGGGAGUUCUGCUCUUUGGUAGAAUGGAAAUGACUUUUUUAUUAUUAUUACUAUUAUUAUUAUUAUUAUUAUUAUUAUCAUCAUUAUUGUUAUUAUUUUAAACCAAACACAUGCUCUGAUGUUUGUGUGUGUGGGUCUCUAACCUGGAAAGGACUCGGAGCAUACACUCACAUGCACACACUUGCACACGGUCUACACCCGUUAUUUGGACUCUUAAUUAUUCAGCUGCUCUUCUCUAGCCACACUUGUACAGGUACAGCUCUGCACAGACUCACUCCCACGCAACUUAGAAAAUCCAGAAUCUGUGACUCAAGGGUAUUUCACAAAGUAGGAAUUCUCAGUUAGCCGGAUAACACGAUCAAGAAAAUCAAGCCAGCCUAAUAGGAGACGAGCUAAGAGACAUUCUUGAUAAGCACUGCUAGUUGGGGCAUAAAGGAAUAUUUCAUCAUGUUUCAACCUAAUCUGUCCACUGCACCUGUAGCAGAGAUGUCUCUGGGAUGUGAGUCCAAGUCAAGUCUUGAUUCCUUAGAGAAUUAUUCAUUAUUUGUUUCAUGUCAAGUUCAUCAUGGCUUUAAAUAAGAAUCCUUUCUUUAUAGAAAACCCUCCAGUCUGAACUGAAGUGUUACACGCAGUAGAUAGGGUGCUUAAAAUAAGGUGUCAGGACAAGUUAAAAUGGUUGGUUAGUCUGUAGUUUGUAAGUAUUAGUGUUGCAGCUAAUCCAGAUAGUUUUAGUACGUUUUAAAGGGAUAUGGUCUGUAACUUACUAAACUUUAGCUAGAUGACCUGACCGCUUCAGCUAAAUUAGCUAUUGCUAGUUGUGCCUCUUCCUUUUAUGCACUGUAUAUGUUCUGUUCAGCGCUUUAUUCGGUUCUUCAGACUGAAACUUUAAUGGAAAGCUCAUUUGAAGCUGUAAUGAGCCUGGCAUCACUGCGAGCUGUGAGGAGUUGCAUUACAGUAAUGGCUGCUGUUUACCUUCCCUGAACUCUGCGUCCAGGCCAACACCGCUGAAGGAAGCUUUUCCCAGAGUUUAACUUUACUGUUGGCUUGGUGUAAAACGUUUUUGGGUUUUUCUGAUUUCCAAAUGAGGGAGUUGGACCGGAACGCAGUUUAAGUGCUUGGGCUUUGUGGAUGGUUCGCUUAUCAACAAAAAUAAAAAAGGAAGCUUUU